CCCGGGGCUAUCGCAGACCAAGCAGGGGCUGCUAUCUCAAACCUGGCUGCAAAGUUUGUUUUUCAUGAAGCUAUGUCAGAUGAUACCUGGAAAACAGAAUAGGACAAAACGUUUCCCGAUUACGUUAGCAGCUGGAGGUUUAUCUACUUGCCGGAUUGGCGGGACGUUGUUCCGUGUUACAUGAUCUGUACAAAAGGUGCAUUAUAAAUACAGGACACUGAAAUAAAAUUCCUCAAGUUGCUAUGGCGUUGGAUUUAUUAAGACUCUUUAAUUACGUUUCAUCUAAAUUUCAUACUUGCAACAUCUUACAAAUUGUGAAAUGGAAAUUUUACCCUUGCAAAAACUUCAACAAAGUUUUGUAUCCACAAUGUGGCCAGAUUUUAUCAAAAGGAUAUCUGAAGAUAUACCAUCAAUGGAUCCCUCAUAAAGGAUACCACAGUGCAGUCAGAGAUCAGCCUGGUUCCACUCCAGGGACAGUGUGUCUCCAUGGAGAUGCGGGGGGCAGCAUUGAAAUGAGCAGCGAACAGGAGCAGUCCUCUUUCGAAGAGGAGUUUUUAAAAACAUUGAACGAUAGUAAAACUGCCAAACAGAUUUUUAAACUGCUGAAAUCAUUGAAGUGCAUUACAGACAUAAUGGCUGCUUCAGCCUUGCUUAAAAUAUCACAGGUUGAAAAAGAUGACAGUGGGCUGAGAAACCCUGCAGUACUGCUGGAGAAUGAAACAGUCAAGGCAUUGUGCUUCCAGUUCGACCAAGAGUCAGAGAGGCUGAGCAUUCGAGCACUGGCUACUGCACUGUGUGCUUGUGUCCAAUUGUACGUGGACCCACAGAGCACCCUCAUGAUGAGAUUGUUGUCUGAAAGCCGAGAGAGGCUUGGCAAAGGUCAGAUGCUCAUUAAGGACUUGUGUUUGCUGGGCAAGGCCUUUCUGGAAUUGGAGGGCCCGAGAUCUGAAAUACUUGAGCAAAUAAUGGAGCAAAUUCAAGGACUGAAAAUGGAUAUCUGGACACCUGAAGAAUUCAUAAUGGUUUAUAACCUGCUGGCGGCUGGUGUGGGAGAAGGAGGAAAUUACCAAGAGCUGCUAAACAAAAUGAAUUCCUGUUUACUUCAUUUAGCUUCAAGGCUGAGUCAUAAAGCCAAAAGUGACAUACUCAAUGCAAUGGUUGUUCUCAAGCAAACCCAGGCAAUUCCUUUGGUAAUUAGCCUCUGUAAGCAUUCAGUGCGACAUGUUCCUCAUUUCUCAGACCAGGAGCUCGUACCAGUACUGAACGCUCUAAUGUGCUUUGGACUCAGUGACCGUUUUUUUAUUGAUGCCCUGGAACGCAAUAUCCCCAAAAAAGCCUUUGUCAUGCAGCCUGAAGCAAUCAGUAAGGUGAUGCAAUAUUGCAACCAGCUACGCAUCCUUUCACCACCCAUAUUUGAUGCAGUUGCUGAGAGUUUUGUUUACAAUUCAGACAACUUUACAACCAAAGAAAUUGCCUUACAAAUAGUACCAUUUGGCCGGUUAAAUUAUUUGCCUCCAAAUGCAGGUCAGUUGUUUCGAAAGAUUGAAAGCCUAUUAAGGGACCGGUUUUCCCAAUUUCAGCCUCAUACUCUGCUGGAUCUGCUUCAUUCCUGUAUACUAGUAGGACGAUUUCCUGUGAACUUUGUAUCCAAGGUUUUUAGUCCCUACUUUCUGCAGCUGCUAGAAGCCCAAGGAAAUGGACUAGACAAGUUUGUUCUUGCCCAGCUAACCCAGCUGUUCAUGACGAUGAAACUAGAGUGCCGAAUGUAUGAGGGUCCCAGUCUUCCUCCCAAGUAUCGGGUAAAAUCAUUUUUCACACCAGGACGUUCGCUUGAAAGCUUAGUAGAUGAAUCUCUCUAUGGCAAAGUUAAGAAUGCUCUGACAGAUCUUCUAGGAGCGAGGAAUUACUUUGCCUCUCGGGUGCUGACACCCUACGGCUAUAUAUUAGAUGCUGAGAUUAAACUGGAUGAGGAAGGAUAUGUGCUUCCUGCCUCCUGGCAUGAUGAGGUAUUUAGGAGAAUAGCACUGUGCAUUGAUGACCAAAAAAGAUUCACCAUAAAUAGUCAAAAUCUCCUUGGAAAAGAAGCUAUUAAACAGAGGCAGCUGCAGCUGCUAGGCUAUGAUGUUGUUCAGAUUCAAUUCUAUGAAUUUGACCAGCUGCAGACCCAAGAGGAGAUGGUUGGAUAUCUUCACAAGAAGAUGUUUCCACACAGCUACAGACUUGCUUGGUGAAGAAAAGAAAAUGAAAAGCCGAUCACCACAUCAGAAACCCAAAUGGCAGUAGAUUUU